AUGAGGUCGCUUAAGACUUCAGUUUUCAUCCUGGUUCUUCACUUUCUGGAAGGGGCCCUAAGCAACUCACUGAUUCAGUUGAAUAAUAAUGGCUACGAGGGCAUUGUCAUUGCAAUUGACCCCAAUGUGCCAGAAGAUGAAACUCUCAUACAACAUAUAAAGGACAUGGUGACCCAGGCUUCUCCCUAUCUGUUUGAAGCUACAGAGAAAAGAUUUUACUUCAAAAGUGUUGCCAUUUUGAUCCCUGAAACAUGGAAGACAAAACCUGAGUACAAAAGACCAAAACUUGAGACCUAUAAGAAUGCUGAUGUUUUAAUUGCUAAACGUAACGUACAGGGUGAUGAUGAGCCCUCUACUGAGCAGAUGGGAAACUGUGGAGAAAAAGGUGAAAGGAUUAAUUUCACUCCUGACUUCGUAAUGGGAAAGAAGUUACCUAUCUAUGGGCCACAAGGAAGGGUAUUUGUCCACGAAUGGGCUCACCUACGAUGGGGAGUAUUUGAUGAAUAUAACAAUGAUGAGAAAUUCUACUUAUCUGGUAGAAAAAUCAAACCAGUAGCGUGCUCCAAAGCGAUUGCUGGGGAAAAUAAAUAUCUGCAAUGUCAGGGAAACAGUUGUGUUGAGAAAGCAUGCAAAAUUGACAAAAAAACCGGGCUGUACAAUAAAGAGUGUGUGUUUGUACCUUAUGCUGUCCAGAAGGAAAAGGCUUCCAUCAUGUUUUCACAGGGGGUUGAAUCUGUGGUUCAUUUCUGUACAGAAAAAAACCAUAACAAGGAGGCACCAAACCUGCAAAACAAAAAGUGCAAUCUCCAAAGCACAUGGGAAGUGAUCCAAGCUUCUGAAGACUUCAAGAAAACGACUCCUAUGACAACACAGCCACCCAGCCCCUCCUUUUCACUGCUGCAGAUAGGACAGAGAAUUGUGUGCUUGGUUCUUGAUAAGUCUGGAAGCAUGGCGAUUGAUAGCCGCCUUCAACGACUGAAUCAAGCAGGCAAACUCUUCCUGUUGCAGACUGUUGAACAAGGGUCCUGGGUAGGGAUGGUAACAUUUGACAGUGCUGCCUACGUAGGAAGUGAACUCAUACAGAUAAACAGCGGUACUGACAGAGACAAGCUCACCAAAGCUUUACCCACUGUGGCCUCAGGAGGAACAUCCAUCUGCUCUGGGCUUCAAACUGCAUUCACGGUGAUUAGGAGGAAAUACACAACAGAUGGAGCUGAAAUAGUGCUACUGACUGAUGGGGAAGACAAUACCAUAAGUGGGUGCUUUAACCAGGUGAAACAAAGUGGAGCCAUCAUCCACACAGUUGCCUUGGGACCCUCGGCAGCGCAAGAACUGGAGGAGCUAUCUAAAAUGACAGGAGGUUUACAGACAUUUGCUUCUGAUCAGGCUCAAAACAAUGGCCUCAUAGAUGCUUUUGGGGCGCUUUCAUCAGGAAAUGGAGCUAUCUCCCAGCGUUCCAUUCAGCUUGAGAGUAAGGGCUUAACCCUCCAUGAUACUCAGUGGAUGAAUGGCACAGUGAUUGUGGACAGCACUGUGGGAAAGGACACUAUGUUUCUUAUCACCUGGACAACAGUCCCUCCCCAAAUCCUUCUCUGGGACCCCACUGGAAAGAAACAAGAAGGAAUUUUGGUGGACAGAGAAUCCAAACUGAGCUACAUCCAAAUCCCAGGCAUUGCCAAGGUUGGCAUUUGGAAAUAUAGUCUACAAGGAACUUCCCAGACCCUGACUUUGACUGUCACCUCCCGUGCAUCAAAUGCUACUUUGCCUCCAGUUACAGUGGCAUCUAAAAUGAACAAGAACACAGGAAAAUUCCCUAGCCCUAUGAUAGUCUAUGCAAAGAUUCACCAAGGAGCCACACCUAUUCUCAGGGCCAGUGUCACAGCCCUGAUAGAAUCCGUGAAUGGGAACACAGUUACCUUGGAAUUAUUGGACAAUGGAGCAGGUGCUGAUGCUAGUAAGGAUGAUGGUAUCUAUUCAAGAUACUUUACAGCUUAUGAUGAAAAUGGCAGGUACAGUGUAAAGGUGAGAGCCCUGGGAGGAAGUACUGCAGCCAGACAAAGGGCAACACACCAGCAGAAUGGAGCCAUGUACAUACCCGGCUGGAUUGAGAAUGGCAAAAUAAAAUGGAACCCACCAAGGCCGGAAAUUAAUAAGGAUGACCAUCAAGGCAAACAAGUAUGUUUCAGCAGAACAUCUUCUGGAGGCUCAUUUGUGGCCACCAAUGUCCCAAUGGCUCCCAUACCUGAUGUCUUCCCACCUUGUCAAAUUACCGACCUGAAGGCACAAAUUUCUGGGGAAAGUCUCAUUAAUUUGACGUGGACGGCACCUGGGGAUGAUUAUGAUCACGGAAAAGCUUAUAAGUAUAUCAUCAGGAUAAGUACAGAUAUUCUCGAGCUCAGAGACAAGUUCAAUGAUUCAGUUCAAGUGAACACUUCUGACCUCAUCCCAAAGGAAGCCAACUCUCAGGAAGUCUUUGUGUUUAAACCAGAAAACAUCAUUUUUGAAAAUGGCACGGAUCUCUUCAUUGCUAUUCAGGCUAUAGAUGAUGUCAACCUGAAGUCAGAAAUAUCCAACAUUGCACGAGUGUCUCUGUUUAUUCCCCCACCAACUCUUCCAGAGGUACCUACACCUUCUCCUCCUUGUCCUGAUAUUCACAUCAACAGCACCAUUCCUGGCAUUCACAUUUUAAAGAUUAUGUGGAAGUGGUUAGGAGAAAUACAGCUAACCUUGGGCUGAGAUAAAUAAGCCAUUUAUUGUUUUCUGGGC